GAGGAAGCAAAUCAUUUUUCCCGGCGCUCUCGUUUAUCCAGGAGGGAGGAGGAGAAGUUGGAGAAGGGAUGGCUGAGGAAUACCCGUCGAUCUCGCCGGCCAAGUUCUAUGGCAGCAGCCUGCCGAGGCCGUACCUCUACACAGACGUGAAAUUCAACGCGGAGAGAGUCGAUCCGCCGGUUCCCGUCGGCGAUCCCUUCCUCCUGUGGGCGCAGGACGCACACUGGAAAAUGGGUGGCCUGAAUGUCGAGCGGCGAAGGAUGCAGGGCAAGGUCGAGGGGAGCAUCAAGAAGCUUAGGGAGCAGAAGGAGAAGGAUGAGAGGAGGAGGAACAGGCAGAGGAAGCGGACGGAGAACGCGGCCAUCGGUUCCGAUGAUUCCGAAGAUUCCGAAAAAGGGGAAGAUUGCGAACCAGAAGAGGUGAAGAAGGUGGAAGAGGAAGAAGAAGAAGAGGUGAUAGUGGGGAAGCGAGCGGUUGUGUGUCGCCGGAGUAAGCGAUUGAGGAAACUGGAGGAGUACUCCGAAGAGGAAUAAGACUUCUUUAGUGUUUUAAAGCAUGGCAGGACAACCGUUUGGUAAAUAACAAUUUCCCUUUAUUCUGACGUUUGUCAAUGGUGAUGUAAGGCACGGGACUGUAGUUCCCGAGCCAUCUUUUUCCGUCCAGCGCUUUCUUCCUCCUUGGUGAAUCUGAUGUCUGCAAAAUGUUUGACAAAUCUUGUAUCAUAUAAGGACGAAAGAUUGAUCUGAUUGCUCGCUACUAGGCUUGGUAGUGGAUUUUUUUUUGUUGCUGUUCUUUUAA